AUGGGCAAAGACUCUACCCACAAGCCCAUAAAUCCGUAUAAGAUGACUGCGGCGCUCAAGAACAUCUAUUACAGGCUGACGCCCACAUCCUCGUCUUUUUCGCUGCCGACACAGAAGAAUCCAGGCGAAUUUACGAAAGCGCGGACCACCGACGCGCUGUUCCCCACCACAGACCCCGCUGUCGACGGUGACGAAUGCCUACAUGACUGCGCGAGUUGCACCAUCAAGUACCCCAGGAAGUUCACAAUCGACGAGGAUGAGGAGCUCUAUGGCCAUGUAAAAGGAUGGAGUACGCACUUGAUUGUUGCGACCGGCAAGACGGACUGGGUGCGCGAUGUCGCAGAUGAGAAGGGCAGCAUCAUGGAGGCGGUGGACAAGGGCGACGUGAAGCCCAGCAAUGGUAAACUCAUGCUCUCCGCGUCCGACAUCCCCGUUCCUGAACACUCCGACCACAGCACCACGGUGCUCCUCUUACCCAAGUUCCAGUUCAUCGACAACGUCACGCCAGCAAACACACCAGACCUUAUAAAAGACUUUGUAAAUAAAGGCCCCACCAACACAUCGCCUCUCCAUCACGCGUCACAACCUGCGCUGCCGCCUUCACCGUCGCCGCUUUCCACGGAGGCCUCCACCCCCGAGUCGGACCCUACCACCACAUCCACUAUUCCGCCCGCAAUAACGUCGCCUGGUCUCAAGGCUCGACCGUGCCCGCACAAAUACCUGAUAUUGCUAUGCAGCCAGAAAACGCGCGACGCACGCUGUGGCCAGUCCGCACCGUUGCUCCGAAAAGAAUUCGAGCGACAUCUUGCACCGCUAGGUCUCUACCGCGACCUGCACGAUGAACGGCCGGGUGGCGUCGGAAUAUACUUCAUAAGUCAUGUUGGUGGACACAAGUUCUCCGCAAAUGUCAUGAUAUACCGCUCAUCCUCGGCCAUUGAACGACCGAACCAGCUCAACGGCCACGCCAACGGCGUCGAAGAGUCGCUCGAGAAACUGAAGGUGGAAGACGACAAGGGGCAGGAAGUCGUGUUGGACGUGAACAAGGCCCAAGAGGCAGAGGGCAACGCUGAGGCGGCACAGUGUAUCUGGCUUGCCAGGGUGCGGCCGGAGGACUGCGAAAAUAUUAUCAGGUAUACGGUGCUGCAGGGUAAGCUUGUCAAGCCACAGAGUCAGUUAAGAGGAGGCUUCGAUCGGAAUAAGCAGCUUGUUAGUUGGUGA